UGUCUCCUCCCCACCCAUACAUGCAAUCUGCUCUUGUGUAUUUCAUGUUUGGAAGGGGUGAGGAUAAACCUGCCAGAAGCUUACCAGUCUAGUCCCUUGCUGACAAUCCCUCAGCAUCUCCUUGGAUUACGUCUUCAGGCUGGAUUCCUUGUCUCUGGACAGUUUACCUGGCUAGCUCACCUGUCUGUACAGUAAACCUGUCUGUGCUGCCUCUGCCCAGGAAAACUUUACUUAAUGCAUAUUUUAGGAUCCUCCUGCUAAGAAUCUGCCUAUCUCAGGCUGGACUGUACAGUGAACGGAUUGACUCUGGCACUAUAAAUGGAUCACAUCUUCAAUAUGCUCGGAGCCAUCCUGGUGUAACCUUACACAAAGUAACACUGAGAAGACAAUGACCUAAGGAGCACAGACAAAAGCUGAGCAUGGCUUAGUGAAGCAAGUCUCCCGUGUACAAGACACACCAUGGCACAGAUCUUCAGUGUCAGCAAGCCUCGCCAAAGUAUCAACCUGCAGGGAGUGGACCCAGAGACGUGUGCUAUAGUGUUCAAGAACCACUGGGCUCAGGUUCAACGCAUUUUGGAAAAACAUGACCCCUUCAAGAACUCCCAUGCCAGAUAUGGAUCCAUUUCUGCAGAUGAAGUUAGCGCUGUCCAGAAUUAUGUGGAACACAUGAUCUUGCUUUUAAUUGAAGAGCGUGUGAAAGAUGCUGCUAUGGGGCCUAUUCUGGAGUUUGUGGUGUCGGAGAAUAUUAUGGAGAAACUGUUUUUAUGGAGUCUCAGGAGAGAAUUUACAGAUGAGACUAAAUUUGAGCAACUGAGGAUGUAUGAGUUAUUGGUUACUCAGUCUCACCAGCCUUUGCUACAUCACAAGCCUAUUUUGAAACCAUUGAUGAUGCUACUUAGUACAUGUUCCUCCACAUCAACUCCACAUGUAGAAAUCAAACUAGUUGUCUUACUUAACCAGCUCUGUUCAAUUCUUGCCAAAGAUCCAUCUAUCUUAGAACUGUUUUUCCACACAAGUGAAGAUCAGGGAGCUGCCAACUUCCUUAUAUUCUCCCUGCUGAUACCUUUCAUCCAUCGUGAAGGCACAGUGGGACAACAGGCCCGAGAUGCAUUGCUUUUCAUCAUGUCCUUGUCGGCAGAGAACAACAUGGUUGCUAAGCACAUAGUGGAGAGCACAUACUUCUGUCCGGUACUAGCGACUGGACUCAGUGGUCUCUACUCUUCAUUACCGACAAAGCUAGAUGACAAAGGGGAAGAAUGGCAUUGUCUCGUUAAAGAAGAUUGGCUUCAGGUUCCUUCCCUUAUACAGUUUAUGAAUUCUCUUGAAUUCUGCAAUUCGGUGAUACAGGUUGCUCAUCCUCUAAUACGUGCUCAGCUUGUAGACUAUAUUUACAAUGGGUUCCUGUUACCUGUUUUGGCUCCUGCAUUGCACAAGGUCACAGUGGAGGAAGUGAUGACCACAACUGCAUAUCUGGACCUGUUCCUACGAAGUAUCUCUGAACCAACUUUACUUAAGAUUUUCCUCCGCUUUAUUCUCAUCUACCAGCAUGAAAAAGUUCAGAUCCUUGACACGCUGGUCAGCCGAAUCAACACACCGUUUCGGUUGUGUGUGGUAUCCUUGGCCAUGUUUCGAACCCUUAUUGGCUUUCAUUGUGAAGAUGUGAUGUUACAACUCAUUUUAAGGUAUCUCUUACCAUGUAAUUUCAUGAUGGUUAGCCAGCGCAAUGCAGUAAAAGAACGAGACUGCAAUUCUGCAGCAAAAUUUUUGGCCUUAACUCCCAUCUGUUGUUGUAACACUGCAGUUAAUGGAGAAGAUUUGGAUAAAAAUUAUAUCAUGUUGUUAAAAUUGAAACAAGACUCUAGUGAAGCUAAUUUAUCAUUGAGUUCAUAUGAAGCAGAAUCCAUAUUUCCUGAGGAGUAUAUGGAAUCUGUUGAUGCAAGCUACCUUAAGUACCUUUGUGAAGCUGAAGAAAGUAUCCUUAGAUGUGCAGAGGACUGUAAAGUCUGGUCAGCCCCAUACGAUGGGGAAAACCCAGACCCUGAAACUUCUUUUCAAGCUCUACUAGAAAACAGUUUUCGAAGAGAAGACUUUCCUACCUUCAGAGGUGGAAGAAGAAAGCAAUUAGGUUCAUUCUAUUUUGAGAAUCCUUCUUUUGGAGGAAAACUGCAAGAUGACCUGGAAUGGGAUGAUAGUUAUGACACAGGGAUAUCUCCAGACUCAGGAACCAGUUCACCACAACCACCUCAGGAUUCGGUGUUACCCCCAGAACCCCCGAAACAUAUUCAAGAGAUGAAAAAGAAUGCAAUAAUGUUCAUUAAAGGCACAUACAAUGAAGAAGAUGACUUUGAUAAUGAUGCAAUGGUUUACAUGCUAUGUGCUGAAAAGGAUUCUGUUGAAACACAAGGAGAGAAAAAUGAGGAUGGUUCAGAUAAAAACCCAGAAACUAAUGUGCAUCAAAAAGAGCAGCAUUUUCAGGCUCAGGAAGUUAGCAAUACAGAUAGGAAUAACAGGAAAAACUCAAGUCUCAAUGACAAUGUAGUAAAGAAACAAACUACACAUAGCCGUACGGCUAAUCCAAAGUUGAGGCUUGAAUUCUCUUGUGAGGAAGACCCUAGUAGGAAUCCAAUAAGUCCAGACAGUGAAGAAUUCAUAGCUCGCUGUGAUGAAAUCAUAAAUGGGUUGAACACUAGACCAGAGGACAUACCCAGUUCCCCAGCUCCUGAAACUGUUUCUCUUAAUGAUGAGGAUGAAUUUGAAAAGUAUUCUCUAGGUACACCAACUGUAGAAAGCAUACCAUCACCCACUGGGCCAAAGGAUGUUACAGUGUACUCAAAUUACUCUUCCAGGACCCAAGCAGCUCCAUUUACAGGACCAUUCAUCAGUGUUGUUUUGUCAAAAUUAGAGAACAUGCUUGACAACUCCUUGCAUGUCAACUUGUUGCUGCUUGGGAUCAUCACACAGCUUGCCAGCUACCCUCAGCCUCUCAUUCGAUCCUUCCUACUCAACACAAACAUGGUCUUCCAGCCCAGUGUACGCUCUCUCUACCAGGUUCUGGCCUCUGUCAAACAUAAAAUUGAACAAUUUGCUUCUGGAGAGAAAAAUUUUCCCGUGCUACUGGCUGAAGCUCAACAAUACCUGCUGGCUCGUGUGAACAUGAGCCAGGAAUUGACAGAUGUGUUAACCAAAGAUAACAUACCAGGGACUGGAGACAAAGAAGUGAGUUUACAUGCUGGAGUACAGAAAAAUAAGCUGACGUCCCCGCUUUCUACAGUCUCUACUCGCGUUAGAAAUGCUUUGCUUGCAGCAGCCAUAUUUCCGGAAUUCUUAAAAGAACUUGCAGCUCUGUCUCAACAACAUUCUGUGUUAUAUUAUGUGAUCGGCGAUUGUUUUUAGCACUUUAGUAUUUUAUGUAGAUUUUAAGUAUCACUUUACAGGUUUUAUGUUAGUUUUUGUUUUAAACAAAGAAGAUCUAUUUUCUUAGCGCUAUUAUGGUAUUGUGAUACAUCUUAAGACACUUUUUACUACUUCCUGUAAUACUUGAUAGAAAAUGGGCUUGUUUUUAGUCCUGGUUACUGUGGUGCUUGUACCUCCUAUGUGGGUUUACUAUUAAUGGGUCAUAUUCUCAUAUUGUAAUGGUCUAUGCCUCUGUGCUUUAUUAACUAUUUAGACACCGUUCACAUCUAUGUUGUGGCCUCCAUUUACAACCAAAGUCACAACAGUGUGUGGGAUCCUCAGAUUCCGAGGAGUUGUCUUGUCAUUUUCAUGAGAAAAAUAGCUAAUGUGGAUCAGAGACUCCAAUGCAGAUAUAAACAUAGCCUUACAGAGGUUGCCGUAUCAGAGACAACCCCUUUUAAUAUGGAAGCACAAACAGCUGGUACUUCCAUCCAGAUGGCUGCUACAGGAGAAAUGUAGUAUUACAUGGUGGCCAUUCUAUUAAUACAAGGAUGGUUUGAGUCCACCAGAAUGGGAGCCACUGUCAUAGAAUGGCUCUCUGUUGUGGGUCCUUAGUGGGGUGAGGAGGACCUACUACAAUGUCCAUAUGUGCUAAUAGGUGUUGUUAUGAGAUAAAACCUUUAAAGAGGUUGUAUAUCUUGUACUUCAUUUUGCUAAACUUCUAGACCACAUAAUGCUCUAAAUAGAACAGUUAGUCCACAGUGCUAAUCAUGGCGUGACUGCUGUCCAUGUACAAUUUCUAACAAUUACCAUUAUGAAGUUAGAACUGUACAUGCUAUAUUAGAUUUACAAUAUUUAUUACAAAUUAUAGAACCAUCUAAAAGUAAACUACAUGAUAUUAUAAAAAUACUAUAGUACUCCAAAUUAGUUCCAAAUCAAGGCAGUUUGAAAUCACAUUUCCACAGAAGACUCAAGUGUUUAAGUAACUUGUGUGAAUCCAUAAUCUAGAGAGAAUGAACACGUGCGAGGGGAAUGUCUGAUAUAUCUGAUGGAACUUGCAUUUACAAUCAAUUAUGUGCCUCUAAAGAAUGUGCCGCACUUUCCCAAGCAUGUUCAUAAAUACUCUGUAUGACUAGAGUAACACAAACCAAUCUGCAAUUCGCUUCCCUGUUUUGAAGAGCAUCAGUUGUGGAUUGGAUGUAGCAGACCACUAAACAUGGUUCUGAUAUGGGAACACUAUGAUCUCAUGCACAUAGUAAUCUAUAAAAAUAUAUUCCUAACAGCAAGACCAGAAUACUGUGCUGUGUUGGGGGCCUUUUCUCACUUGCUGACUCACUGUAUGCUGUACUUAGUCUGUUUCUUUUACCUUCAUGUAUAACUUUGGAAGCAUCUACAGGGCCUCUCUAGUAGUUACAAGAAAUGUUGCCAUUUACAGUCAAGAAGGAGAUGCUGAGCUUGGGGACAUAUAGCUUUCUAUUUACUCAGUAUAUUUGUAUAAAAAAACUAUUUAUAUGCUGCCAUAGUUUAGGUCUGAGCUAAAAAAAAAAACUAAAAAAAAAGUCACCGGUCGUUCGGUUCCAACGCCAAGCUACCUUCUCCCCACUGUAUUGGAGGCCAAUCAAUGACCUCAGCAGUGAUGUGUGCCGCCAUCGCUAAAUUUGUAAUGUAUUUUUAAGAUAAUAUAUAUAUAAUAUACAAUGCCUUUUUCUCCUUUAAACAAGAUUUUUUAUAUCUCUUCUCUCUCAUUGCAGUUCACUCCUCCUCACCCCUCCCCUCUCCAUAGACUUCUAUGGGCAGUAUGUAAUCUAAUCAUGCAGUGAACAAGAAAACAAUGUUAGUUUAGGAGGGGCAAAUUUUUCUAUAAUAAAACAUACUGCAGUUAUUCAUCUGUUCUACUGAUUUAUGCAAAGUUUGUCAAAAUGAGAGUGACCACUUAAGAUGAAGAGUACACAUUUUUAAAGCAGCUUCCAAACUGAAAACAGGCAGGGAAGAGAAAGCUAAUGUAUUAUGUGCUAUCUGUAUACUAAAAUGGAGGAAGCUUGGGAAAGACGUUGAGUAG